UACAGGCUGCCUUUGUGCUUUGUCUGCCCUGCCUUCUGAGCGCUUCUGAGCGGAUCGUUCUGCGCUUCUGCUGUUCUGCGAGGCGGUGGAGGUGGUGGAAAAACCGGUUCGCCGCUCAGCGGGAGAGGAUCGGCUCUGGAGCGAUCGGCGCUAUCAGCUGCCGGAUCCGGCGCUUCUUGGCCGUCGCCGCCGCCGCCGUCUAAAUGGGCCCCAUCGGUGCCAGCUCCAUCCAGCUCCAGCUCCAGCUCCGGCUUCAGUUGCUUGGGCGAUGCGUUGCUGAGCGGUCAGAGCCGGAAGAACAGCCAGCAGAUUCCAUUCCGCCGCGAUUUGUGAUAGCCACCGGUUUCCAGCUUUAUUCGCUCUGCUGGUGUGCUUUUUGCGCUGAUUUUUGUUUUGUAUUUUUUUUUUUACUUUGUUUUGGAUUUUUUCCGUAAUUCGCUUGGCUUAUGUUUUGCUUUUUGUUUAUGUGGUAUUGAAUUAAAUUGUAUUGUGCGGCGACCGAUUGCCACAGCCCCAGUGCUCGACGCACUCAAUAAACACCAUCGAUACGUAGACGUACUCCCUUAUCAGAGGCCGCAGCAAAGGUCGUGUCAAAGCGGACAGAUGACGAUGAUCUCGGCGAGAAGGUACUGCCUUCUGGGUCUCCUGAUGCUGACGUCCUCCGCCUACGUAACAGUUGGAGAUGAGGGGGAUCCCUGCCAGGUGAGGACGGACUUACCGGGCAUCUGUCGCUCCUCCUCAGCCUGCGAAAACAUCAGUGGAUACUUGAAGUCGGGCGCCCUGUCCACCAGCCAGGUGCCGAGCUGUGGUUUUGGGGCGCGCGAGGAGAUCAUCUGCUGCCCCAUCGUCGCCUGCUGUGCCACUGAUCGAGCUCACGAGGUCCGAUUCCAUGCCACGAGCUCCGAGCGCAGCUGGCUACCCGAACCCAAGCAGGAACCACAACCAGAGCCGGAGCCACUGCCUCCCACGACCACCGAAAGGAAAUGGGAGCGGGAAAGUCGGCUGGACGAGAAUCAGAACUUCUUCGACUUCAAUAAGCUGCUCAGCACCACCGUGAAGCCGCAAAAAACCCACGAGUCCAUGAAGAUGCCCACUCACGAGUCCAUGAAUAGACCCGCUCACGAGUCCAUGAAGAUGCCCACUCACGAGUCCAUGAAUAGACCCGCUCACGAGUCCAUGAAGAUGCCCACUCACGAGUCCAUGAAUAGACCCACUCACGAGUCCAUGAAGAUGCCCACUCACGAGUCCAUGAAUAGGCCCACUCACGAGCCCAUAAAGAUGCCCAUCCAGAGCGUUGGAGCUUGGGGCAUAGCUCCUCCGCAGCCUCAUUCCAUAACAGCCACACAGAGAUCAUUCGUCGAACCGCAAUGGGGCUGGGAGAACCGUGAGCCACGAAUUGUAAACCGACCACUGACCACGCCCCGAUCACGCCCCCAAAGACUGCAUAAUCCGAAUUUCAAUCCCACUCUGAACAACAAUAACAACCUCAUCCAUCUGGUAAACGAUCGGCUGCGGCAGCAGGGAAUGCAGAUAGAGCCUGCCCUAGAAGUUCCCAUGAAUUCCCAGACCACGGCCACACCCACAACCAUACCCACGCCCACGAAAUUGAUCGAUCCCUUUGAACCCUACCGAUUUCGGGGCCAGGACAGAGACAGCGAGCCCCAACCGGAGCCCUGGAACGAUGUCAGCAAUAAUCUGGACGCGGAUCCAACUCCCAGCAGCUUUCAUCCAGCCGAGACGCGGACAACGACGGCCAAUCCCAAUCCUUCCCGCGUCGAUCUUCCCGAGAAGGAGCGCCCAGCGGUGGCAGCGUGCGAGAAGAUCCGAUCCGGUGGAAAGCCCCUAACGGUCCACAUCCUGGACGGCGAGCGGGUGGACAAGGGCGUCUAUCCGCACAUGGCGGCCAUAGCAUACAACUCCUUCGGAACCGCGACAUUCCGAUGCGGCGGAUCGCUCAUCGCCAGCCGGUUCGUCCUCACAGCCGCUCACUGCGUCAAUAGUGACGACAGCACGCCCAGCUUCGUCCGUUUGGGUGCGCUGAACAUCGAGAGUCCCGAGCCGGGCUACCAGGACAUCAAUGUGAUUGACGUUCAGAUCCAUCCGAAUUAUUCCGGCAGUAGUAAGUACUACGACAUCGCCAUUCUGCAGCUGGCCGAGGAUGUCAAGGAGUCCGAUGCCAUUCGGCCCGCCUGUCUCUACACGGAUCGCACUGAUCCGCCCGCGAACUCCAAAUAUUUCGUCGCCGGCUGGGGCGUAAUGAAUGUGACCAAUCGCGCCGUAUCAAAGAUCCUGCUGCGGGCGGCUCUGGAUCUGGUGCCGGCGGACAAGUGCAAUGUAUUCUUCGCGGAGCAGCCGAGUGCCAACCGGACGUUGAGGAACGGCGUGAUCGCCUCGCAGCUGUGUGCGGCGGACAGGAAUCAGAGGAAGGACGCCUGCCAGGGCGACUCCGGUGGCCCGCUCAUCCUCGAGAUCGACGACGUGGACGGCACCUACUCGAUCGUCGGCGUAAUCUCCUCGGGCUUCGGUUGCGCCACCAAGACCCCGGGCCUCUACACCCGCGUCUCCGCCUUUCUCGACUUCAUCGAGGGUAUCGUGUGGCCGGCGAAACAGGUCUGAGGCCUCAUUUGAUCUGCAAUAAAUUUAGUUUGAACGGA